AUGUUCCAGGUCCUUUCAGAGCAAAGAGAGCAGCAGCCUGAUGAAUCCUCUGGGUUCCUAUUACCAGAGUUAAACACAUCCUGGAGCUUUGAGUGGAAAAGGGUCUGAAAUAUUAGUCUGAAUCUGAUGGAGGAAAGAAAGAGAAAAAUAGGAGCAGUUGGAGGAGGAGCAACGCUGGAAAAACCAGUUUUAGUGUCACUUUACAGAAAUGAAACAUAAAGGGUGAGAAUAACAUCAGAGCUUCAGUCCAGACUAGUUUCUCCGUCUCUGUCAGAGUUUCUUCGGUCUUCCUCAUCAACCGACUCAAACAGCGAGUUCAGACAUGUCUUCUAGCAGCAACCUGCGGUCUGAGGAUCAGUUCCUGUGCUCCAUCUGUCUGAAUGUCUUCACUGAUCCAGUCAGCACACCAUGUGGACACAACUUCUGCAAAGCCUGCAUCACUCAGCACUGGGAUGGAAAUGUUCUCUACAAUUGUCCUCUGUGCAAAGAACAUUUUACCUCUAGACCUCAGCUGAAGGUCAACACCUUGUUCUCUGAGUUGGUUUCUCAGUUCAGACGUGAAGCUCAGCAGGAAGCCAUCAGCAGCAGCAGCUCAGAGCAACAAGCUGCCAAACCAGGAGAAGUUCCCUGUGACGUCUGCACUGGAACCAAACUGAAGGCCUUGAAGUCCUGCCUGGUGUGUCUCCUCUCCUACUGUCAGACUCACCUGGAGCCUCAUCUGACAGCUCCACGUCUGAAGAAACAUCAUUUGAUGGAGCCUGUGGAGAACCUGGAGGACAGGAUGUGUCUGCAGCACGAUAAACCUCUGGAGCUGUUCUGUAGGACCGACCAGACAUGUGUCUGUUUGCUCUGUCCUGUUUUGGACCAUAAGAACCACAAGUUUGUUCCUCUGAGAGAAGAAACUGAAGGAAAGAAGGCAGAGCUGAGGAAGACAGAGGGUGAAGUUCAGAAGAUGAUCCAGAACAGACGAGUGAAGAUUCAGGAGAUCAAAGAGUCGGUGAAGAUCAGUAAAGAUGCUGCAGACAGAGAGAAAGCAGAAGGUGUUGAGGUCUUCACUGAUCUGAAGGAGUCUGCUGAGAGAGGCCUGAAGGAGCUCAUCAAGGAGAUCGAAGACAAACAGAAAACUGCAGAGAAACAGGCUGAAGACUUCAUCAAAGAUCUGGAACAGGAAAUCUCUGAGCUGAUGAAGAGGAGCUCUGAUGUGAAGCAGCUCUCCCAGUCUGAAGACCACCUUCACCUCCUCCAAAGCUUCUCCUCCCUGAAAGCUGCUCCACCCACCAAGAACUGGACAGAGGUCAGAGUCCGUCCACCAUCACAUGAGGGGACUGUGGAGAGAGCUGUUGCUCAGCUGGAGGAGAAGAUCAGGGAGGAGAUGAAGAAGAUGAUGAAGGCUGAGAUGAAGAGGGUCCAGCAGUCUGCAGUGGAUGUGACUCUGGAUCCUGAUACAGCUCAUCCUUACCUCAUCCUGUCUGAUGAUGGAAAACAGGUGAAACAUGGAGAUGUUAGGAAGAAUCUACCAGACAAUCGAGAGAGAUUUUCUAGUUCUGUUAAUGUUUUAGGACGUCAGAGUUUCUCUUCAGUCAGAUUUUACUUUGAGGUUCAGGUUAAAGGAAAGACUGGCUGGACUUUAGGAGUGGCCAGAGAGUCCAUCAACAGGAAGGGAGUGAUCCCACUGAGACCUCAGUAUGGUUACUGGACUAUUUGGUUGAGGAAUAGCAAUGAGUACGAAGCUCUUGCUGGUCCUCCAGUCCGUCUCCAUCUCCAUCCUGGUCCUGAGAAGGUGGGGGUGUUUGUGGAUUAUGAGGAGGGUCUGGUCUCCUUCUAUGAUGUAGAUGCUGCAGCUCUGAUCUACUCCUUUACUGGCUGCUGCUUCACUCAGAAACUCUACCCAUUCUUUAGUCCCUGUAAUAAUGAUGGAGGUAAAAACUCUGCUCCUCUGAUCAUCUGUCCUGUUAAUCAGGCUGAUGGUUGAUCUGAUGAAGCUCCAUGAAGAAUAAAUCUGUUGGUGAAGAACCUCCAACCUGAGUGACUCUGUAGUGAAAUCCUAAUGUGUCUGAUUCCUCUCUGCUAUUCAUGCAUCAUCUCCAAGCUCAGCUCCAGACCCUCAGAUCUUCCAUCCAUCCAUCACUUCCUUCAUGCUUCCCUCUGAAUACAGGCAAUCAGUGAUUACAUCUGAAUCAGAACAGAUCAGUUAACGAUUUAUGUUGGUGUUUCAGAGUAUAAGGCAGCAACAGGCAGCAGAUGCAGAAAAAAUGUCUUCUUCUUCUUCGUCUUGUGAGGUUUUAUGUUGGUUGGCAAUCUAGUUAAA